UUGUUUCUGUCGGACCUUUUAUACAGACGGAAUAACCGGACGUGCUGCCUCAUAAAAAUGUCCGUCGAUGAUUCAAAGUUGAUUUUGGAGGAACAGAACAAGACAAAUGGAAACAGACUUCAGCCCUUUGCUCAGAUUAAUGAGGUUCACCCAAAACCAGGAGGGGCCCACAAACGGUACAAGUCUUACCAGCAUGGAAAAACUUUCAGCCAGUUAUCUCAUAUAAAACACCACCAGCUCAUCCAUGAUGAGGAAAAACCACACACCAGUGACCAGUGUGGCAGUGCUUUUAGUCAGUCAUCUAAUCUAAAACAUCUUAUUGACAGUGAGAAAAAAGCAUUCACCUGUGACCAAUGUGGGAAAUAUUUUAGCCGAAUCUAUACCCUGCAAAAUCACCAACGCAUCCACAGUGGAGAGAAACCAUACACCUGUGACCAGUGUGAGAAAUCUUUCAGCCAGAUAAAUACCCUGAAAAUUCACCAACGCAUCCACAGUGGAGAGAAACCGUACACCUGUGACCAGUGUGGGAAAUCUUUCAGCCAGUUUUCGAGCCUACAACAACACCAGCGCAUCCACAGCGGAGAGAAACCAUAUAUCUGUGACCAAUGUGGAGAACCUUUCUGCCAUUUAUCAAGCCUACAAAUACACAAACUCCUCCACAGUGGAGAGAAACCGUACAUCUGUGAACAAUGUGGAAGAACUUUCGGCCAGUCGUCAACCUUAAAAACACACCAACGCAUCCACAGUGGAGAGAAACCAUACACCUGUGACCAAUGUGGGAAAUCUUUCAGCCAGUUAUCUACCCUACAACAACACCAACGCAUCCACACUGGAGAGAAACCAUACACCUGUGACCAAUGUGGGAAAUAUUUCAGCCGGUUAUAUACCUUGCAAAAUCAUCAACGCAUCCACAGUGGAGAGAAACCGUACCCCUGUGACCAAUGUGGGAAAUCUUUCAGCCAGUUAAAUACCCUGCAAAUUCACCAACGCAUCCACAGUGGAGAGAAACCAUACACCUGUGACCAAUGUGGGAAAUCUUUCAGCCAGUUAUCGAGCCUAAAACAGCACCAACGCAUUCACAGUGGAGAGAAACCGUACACCUGUGACCGAUGUGAGGAAUCUUUCUGCCAUUUAUCGAGCCUACAAAUGCACAAACUCAUCCACAGUGGGCAGAAACCAUACAUCUGUGACCAGUGUGGAAGAACUUUCAGCCAGUUAUCAACCUUAAAAACACACCAACACAUCCACAGUGGAGAGAAACCAUACACCUGUGACCAGUGUGGGAAAUCUUUCAGUCAGUCGUCUGCCCGACAAAAACACCAACGCAUUCACAGUGAAAAUAAAGUUUACACCUGUGAAGAAUGUCAGAAGAGUUUCAGCCGCAUGAAGUGGUACUUAAAACACAAACAGAUCCAUAUGGGAGACAAACCAUAGUGGUCAAAUCAAAUCACUUUUAUUUAUAUAGCGCCAAAUCACAACAAACAGUUGCCCCAAGGCGCUUUAUAUUGUAAGGCAAGGCCAUACAAUAAUUACGGAAAAACCCCA